AUGUAUAGAAAAUAUUUUGAUCCAUUGGAUUAUAAUCUAUCGGCUGAUUUUCGUUUAACGAAACUGUCCGAUCUUAAAGCCGAUAAAAACGGCUACGGUGAUGGACAACAUCACCAAGGACUUAUGCUUGAGUCCAAACCUACACCGGUGGUCGGAAUUGGUCUUGAUUCAUGCGUUAUACCAAUACGGCAUGGCGGACUUUUUCUGGUACAAUCAACUGCAUUCUUCUAUCCACUAGUCGAUGAUCCGUACGUCAUGGGCAAAAUCGCAUGUGCCAACGUUCUAAGCGAUGUAUAUGCAAUGGGAGCUGUAGAAGUAGAUAAUAUGUUAAUGCUCUUGAGUACGAGCAAUAAAAUGACUGAGAAAGAACGUGAUACUAUCAUGCCAUUGAUCCUUCAAGGAUUUAAAGAUUGUGCUGAAGAAGCUGGCACGGCUGUUCAAGGUGGUCAAACAGUCAUUAAUCCAUGGUUAAUUGUGGGUGGCGUAGCCACAUCUGUUUGUACACAAAAUGAAAUCAUCAUUCCAGAGAAUGCCAUUGUCGGUGAUGUAUUAGUCUUGACUAAACCAUUAGGUACACAAGUUGCUGUCAAUGCUCAUCAAUGGUUGGAAAAUCCCGAUCGAUGGAAUCGUAUUAAAUCUGUGAUAAGUGAAGAUGAUGUUCGAAAAGCCUAUCAACGUGCAAUGAAUUCUAUGGCGAGAUUGAAUAAAAUCGGCGCAUCCCUCAUGCAUAAGUACAAUGCACAUGCAUGUACAGAUGUAACUGGUUUCGGUCUACUAGGACAUGCUCAAAAUUUAGCUAAACAUCAAAAACAUGACGUUUCCUUUGUGAUACAUAAUUUGCCAAUAAUUGCUAAAAUGGCAACGAUAAGUAAAGCUUGUGGCAAUGCAUUUGGUUUAUUACAAGGUACGAGCUCGGAAACAUCUGGCGGUUUACUUGUUGUUUUACCGCGUGAACAAGCAGCUGCUUAUUGUAAAGACAUCCAAGCGCAAGAAGGUUAUCAAGCAUGGAUCAUUGGAGUAGUAGAAAAAGGUGGCCGAACGGCGAAGAUCAUCGAGAAGCCGAGAAUUAUUGAAGUACCUGCGAAGGAUACCGAAGGUGAAUUAUGGUAG